UCUCAACCAAUCAGAUGGAAUCUUUAUUCCACACGUUCCGUAGCUGGAGUCGCCCUGUUAUUCUACGUAGCAGGUGGACUAGCGGUGUCACUCCAGGCUGAUAAAGAUGAACAUGUACUCUCUGCCCAGCCAGGGAAUACCAGGCUGUCCGCCAGGGUUAGAGUACCUGACGCAAGUGGAUCAGCUGCUCAUCAAACAGAAAGUAGAACUUGUUGAAGCUCUGGUGGGGUUUGAAAGCAACAACAAGUACGAAGUACGCAACUCCAUGGGUCAGAACGUUUUCUACGCCGUAGAGGAGAACGACUGCCUGAACCGUCAGUGCUGCGGCCCACUGCGCCCCUUCACCAUCCACAUCAUCGACAAUUUUGGACAGGAGAUGAUCACGGUCUCCAGACCCCUGAAGUGCAUGUCCUGCUGCUUCCCUGGAUGUUUGCAGGAACUGGAGGUGCAGUCACCCCCCGGUAACACGGUGGGAUACGUUAUACAACAGUGGCAUCCGUUCUCGCCGAAAUUCAUCGUUGCAAACGAGCACAUGGAGCCCGUUCUGAAGAUCCACGGCCCGUUCUGUGGAUGGAGCUUCCUCCCCGAUGUUGACUUUGACAUUCUGACCAUCGAUGAAGUCAGCAAGAUUGGCAAAAUCAGCAAGCAGUGGUCGGGCCUGAUGCGGGAAAUAUUUUCAGAUUCCGACAACUUUGGAAUCCAGUUCCCCAUGGAUCUGGACGUGAGGAUAAAGGCCGUCAUGAUCGGAGCGUGUUUUCUUAUCGAUUUCAUGUUUUUUGAGUCAACCAACUAGGGACCAACUGGGGUCGAAAUGAAACCUCAACCAAGCCAUGAUGGAAGCCCUCACAUCCAACAACCAUCAGACAGUUGGCUGGAACCAUGUUCCAAAUUCACAUGAACAACGAAACAGGAGGUUUGUUUUAGUCUCACUGAAAUAUGUCACUGGGCUUCGAAUAAGAAAUGUUUAAGUCGUCUUUGUUUUUAUAAGAUAAAGGUUUACUUUUGUGUUUAGCAGACAGGUAACUAAAGAACGUGGGGGGGAAGGGGGGGGGCAGAUUAAGCUGAGAAACAGGGAACAUUUUGUUUAGCCGUAAUUCUUGUGUUAUUUUUUGUGUUACAGGAAAAAAAAAUACUUCUGAACCGUUUUGAUUUUUAAGUGCAUGAAGUGACGUUCUUUGUUUACAUUUAAAGGUUGUUUUAAAGGCAGAAUGUAUUUAUUAUUAGUUGUAGCAAAACGUUUUGACUGAUUUAAAAAGUAGAGAAGUGAAGCGCAUUUAAGCACCCCCUGCUGGGGAGGUGCUAGAGGUGUCUGCUUUCUCUACCUUUGGGUCUUACCCCAAGAAGCACUCUGUUUGUAGCUGCAGUAUAGUUUCCUUCGACCAAAGUGUCUCUUGUAUUUGCAGUAGUUUCUUGCUCUCGUUUAUUGAUUCAUUCCUUUGCUGUUAUUUAUUUGUGUGUGUCUGUGCUGCAAGUGCACUUGUGUAUUUACUGUACUGUAAAUAUAAAGUCACCCUAUAUAUGUCUGAUGCAUAUUCAGACUGCAUAAUCUGCCAUCCCGGUCUCAGUCCACAAGAGGGAGCUCUCCUUCUACCUUAGUAAAACUCUUAAAAGUCCCAAACGAACUGAUUCACUACUUGUGCCACAGGUUUUGCUUCACACACACGCGCGCUUGUGCAGUAUAUUUUUGGACAAACUCAGGUUGAAACUGGAAGGCAGGCUACUGUAACACAGUGUAACUGCUCUGCUGCUGCGUUCACGUGUUACUCGCUCCGUGGUGGCCCAGUCUUGUUGAUUAGAGUCUAUUUUGGAGGAUGUUUUGUAAAUGAGCCUGUUUUCAAAUGACAUAUUUUGCCUAACGUUUUGCAGUGUUUCUGUGCUACACUGUUCAGGAAGUUUUGUUGUUGUUGUUGUUGUUGUUUACGUUGUGCAACAGCUUUUCACUGAUUAGCCAUAUAAAAGACGAACAUAAUUGCCAACCGUAUGGACACCAAGUAGAGAUUUACAGUACUGUGUAUUAAAUCUACUCUGUUCUACUUCAACAACAAUUGUACAGUGAUAAUUAAAAAAAACAUAUUUGCUUGAAAUUUGUGAAAUAUUUGGAAUAAUGUUUAGGGAUACGGGGGUCGGGAGGGAGAGGUACAGUUUGUGUCAAGGUCAAAAAUAUGACUGAUGAUUUCAUAAAUAAUAAUUACCAAACCCAUAAAAAGUCUCCCAAACAGGAGCUCAAUACAUUCUUUAAAUACUUCACGAGAAGAUUCUUUUCACUAAUACAAUGAUCUAUAAUUAAAAAUGUUGGCAACACUAGUUUAAAGAGACUUUAUACAUGGUACACUGUACAUCCUGAUACUAAAAAAGCAGGUUUCAUUGAAAUAUAUAUCAUUUUUUUAAAAUAUAUAAUUUUAUAUUUGCAACUAUAGCAGAAUUGGCCUUAAAUGUAGGAGUUUUUUCAAAAUAUUUUAUUUCUUAGAAUGCAGUACUAAUUUCUUCCACUGUUAGCGCUGUCAACCUGGCAACUAGUGAAGCUAAAUCCAUAUGUGAUAAAAAAAAACCAACUUCUUCCAUGUGUGUCUGUUAAACCUGGUGGUGACUGAGACUCACAGCAGUGAGGCCUCGUUAACACUCCGUUAAACCACUGUUCAUUAGUGGACACUGAAACUGAAACAAACUGACCCAGAGUCUGCUCCACCCACGCAGUAACUGUAGUCACCGCCCAUGUCACAGCUGCACCAGAAGGUUAACAAGAAAUUAACUCUAAACUUUUAAUACAAACAAGAGUUUAUUUUAAGGCCACACACCUCUGAGGUUAAACCUUUGAAUGAAACAUUUAAAAACGUCCUUGUACAGUGGCAGGUGUCUGGUUCUGUUCUGUUCUGUACAGUACGUCAGAGCCAGCAUUCUGUUUGUUUGUUUGUGUAGGCGGACUGAAUGACUCUACCACAGAGUUUUACUAAUGAUGUUACAUUCAGGGAAGUAAUUAGCUGCGGGGGAGUGACCGUGAUGAAUCCUUUGAUGAAAAGAGAAGAAAUUAAAGUUAUUUUCUUUUCUUUUGUUAGUUUGUCAUAACUAUUGAAUUAGAAUCGGAUGAACGUGAACGUCAAAGUCAGCAGGAGAAAGAGGAGAGAAGUGGUGAGGCGGAGCAUGUUAAACGGACAUCCAAUCAUAGUUAAAGUUUGUGCAGCGAUGGGGGGAAAACAAAGAUGAUAUAAGGCCGACAGAAUAUUGUCUGACCAGAACACAUUUGGAUUUAUAUAAAUAUAUAGUCAGCAAAAACAAGACUUACUGUAAGGACUCUACUUCAUAGCAGGAACAUAUUGUACAUUUCUGGAUUUGAUCACAAAUUAUAGAGUGAGUCUGUGGAAUGAACUGAACACCCUGGUCCUGGUGUCAUGACAUCAGUGAUUUGCUGGCUGAGAGAAACAUCCCAGAAGGAAAAAAAAAAAAAAA